GAAAAGGAAGCACUCAUUGAUAUUAAUUCCAAACUUCAUACUAGGAUUGAAGAGUUAGAACACGAAAAGAAAAGGAUUGAUGCUAGAAUUUGGGACCUAGUGACGGAAGUUAGUGAGCUAGAAAUUACCACUAGGGCUUUAGAUGAUCAAUAUGAAGAGAACAAUGCUAGAAUUGUGAAAUUAGAACAGACUCAAAAAUCACUCAAAAAAGACGAAAAUGCUGAGUUUACUAAGAUUAAGGACGAAAACGAUGAUCUUAAAAAAGUAAUUACUGAGUUUGAGAUUAAAAAACAAGCUAAAUGCAUUCAAAUUAGUAAGGAGCUUCUUGAUGAGGAUCCAAUAGUUGUUUUCCUGAAUGGAUUGAAGUUAGAUGCCUCUGGCAGGAGAUAUACUACACUCAACUAA